AUGAAGCUCGCUUGCCUUGCAACGACGCUCGCGCUCGCGCUGACGGGUGCCGACGCGCAGCUCAACAUCAACUGGCUCGUCAAGAUCGUCGCGGACAAGCUCAAGGAAUUGGAGCUCCCGGUCGUCAACCAGUUUAUCGACGGCGAGGUGCAAAAGGCCCUUGUCGAGACCGCCAAGAUCCAGCGGCCGCCGCUUGUGGCGCGCCAGAACGGCGACGUGCUCUCGUACAAGAUUCUUCAAGUCCCUGACAUGCACUACACGGCCAACCGGUUCUUCCCGUGCAUGGACAAGCCCGACGAUAUGAAGAAGCUUUGUUUUGAGUCGCACAUGACCGAGAUGAUGAACAAGAUGCUCGACGACGUUAAGCCCGACUUUGUCGUCUUUACCGGCGACCAAAUCGAGUCGCUUUGGUAUCCGCAGACAUGGCUGUCGUCGAUUGAUGCGAUCGACACGUACUCCAAGCACGUGAUUGACCGCAAGCUGCCGUGGGCCAUGGUCUUUGGCAACCACGACGAGAGCAUUACACCGCACCUCUUUUCGAACCGCAAGAUCAUGAUGGCGUACAUCGAGUCGCUUCCGCACUCGUACGCCAAGUACGGUCCGUUCAACAUUGGCGGCGCUGGCAAUUACGAGCUCUCGCUCAAGUCGCCCAACGCCACCGACAUGAUGCACAUGUACUUUGCAGAUACGCACAACGACGGCGACAUUGCGCCAGCGCAGCUCGACUACUUCAAGUCCGUCUCGGCCAAGUACAAGGGCCGGGACUACAACGAGUUCAACGGCAUUGGGCAAGGCGACCGUCGCGAAGGCAUCGGCGGCCAUGCCAACCACAGUCUUUACGAAGCCAUUGUCGAGAUGGGCGAUGUCAAGGCGACGUUCUGCGGCCACGACCACUUGAACGAUUUUUGCUUCAAGAAGGACAACUUGCACAUGUGCUAUGGCGGCGGCGUCGGCUACGGUGCUGGCUACAACAAGAAAAACCACGCGCGCACGGCCCGCGUGAUCGAAUGGAGCCGGUCACCGACGAACGAGUCGAUCUCGACGUGGCUGUACCGCCACAACCAAGUCAACAGCCAGGACAAGUACACGGUGUUUGAGCGCACGUUUUUCUAA